AUGUUUCGUUCAAAAGCACAUUUCUUAAUGCUAGCUAAUUUAAAAUAUCUAGAAUUGCAAAAACUAUUGCUAAAUAGGUUUCAAAUAUUUAAGAAUGAAGAAAUAAGAAUAUUAAAAAAGGAAAAUAUGAAAACUAUUUUAUAUGAAUGGGCAAAAUUUUUAACAGAAAAAAAUCAAGAUACUAAUAUAACAAAUAUUCCACCUGAAGUGUUAAAAAUUAAAAAGGUUAUUGAAAUAUUAAAAGAUGAUAUUGAUUGCAAAUGGCUUAUAGAUAAAAUAAAUAUUGAAAAUAAUAAUGGUAAUAAUAUCAAUAAAGUUGAAAACGAUGAAUUAAAAAAGAUAGACAAUCUUCAUUUUGAUGAAUAUCCUCAAUUAUUUUAUUAUGAAUAUCCUCAAUAUCCAUAUAAUUAUUAUGAUAAAAAAAAAAUGACUAGCUUAUAUUCUCUUAUAAAGUUUCCUUAUAAUGAUAUUUUAAAUAUUUCUAAAAGGGUUAAUGUGGAUAAUUUAAAAAAAGGAAAUGAAAUACAAGAAAAGGAAGAAAAGGAAGAAAAGAAAGAAAAGAAAGAAAAGGAAGAAAAUAAAAUAAAUGAGUCUAUUACUAAAAAGUUGAAUGAAAAUGAAAAUUUUAUUAAUUAUUCUAAUAAUAAUUACGUUUAUGCACCAUCAGAAAUGGAAACUUCAAAAGAAAAUUAUCAUUAA